AAGUCAAGUAUUUUGUAUUGCUCACAGAUAAAAUAGUAUAAAAGCAAAGAACUGACCACACUCAGCAUCCAGUCAAAGGUUUGGAAUCAAAACGGUUCUUAUCCUUAAUUCGGGAAAUUAAAAAAAGGAGAACUUAAAUAAAUAUGAAAGUAUUUGUUUGUUUAGUCGCCCUCUUAGUGGCGUCAGCUUACGCCGGCAAUGCCAAGAAGGGCAUUCCCCUAGAGAAGAAACUCGACAAACGAGGUCUUCUUAACCUGGGCUAUGGCUAUGGUCACGCUGGUCUUGAUACCGGAUACCUUGGUGGUGGUCAUGGAUUGAUUGGAAGCGGAUACGGACACGGAGGCCUCAUUGGAGGAACUGGCGGUGGAAUCCUUUUGGGACAAUCCGCUGAUGUUACUCGCACAGUUACCCUGGUUAAGGGUGUCCCAGUGCCAGUAGCUGUUGACCGACCAUACCCAGUGACAGUUGAAAGGCCAGUGCCAUACCCAGUUAAGGUUGGUGUUCCACAACCCUACGAAGUCAUCAAGCACGUUCCAUACGCAGUUAAGGAAAUUGUAAAAGUGCCAGUUCAUGUGCCACAACCCUACCCAGUUGAAAAGAAGGUUCCAUAUGCCGUCCAUGUUCCAGUCGAUCGCCCAUACCCCGUCAAAGUAGGAGUUCCCCAACCCUACGAGGUUAUCAAGCACGUCCCAUACCCAGUUAAGGUGCCAGUACCACAACCCUACACCGUCGACAGGCCAGUACCAUACCCAGUUAAGGUUGCUGUUCCAGUGCCACAACCAUACCCAGUAGAGAAGCGAGUUCCAUACCCAGUCAAGGUUGCCGUCGACCGUCCAUACCCCGUCCAUGUACCACAACCCUACCCAGUCACCGUCGAAAAGCCAUACCCAGUUGUGGUUGAGAAACAAGUGAACGUAAACGUCCCAGUCCCAGUUGACCGUCCUUACCCAGUUAACGUAGACCGUCCAGUGCCUUACCCAGUCAAAGUACCAGUUCCACAGCCCUAUGCUGUUGAACGCCCAUACCCAGUCGCAGUUGACCGCCCAGUUGCCUACCCAGUCAAGGUUCCAGUCGAUCGUCCAUACCCAGUCACUGUAGAGAGGCAAGUUCCAGUUGCUGUUGACAGGCCAGUUCCAGUUCCAGUUGGAGUUCCAGUCGGUGUCUCCUACGGACACGGUGGCCAAAUCAUUUCCGGAGGAGGACAUGGUGGUCUCAUCUAUGGAAGCGGUCACGGAAUCGGUCUUAGUAGCGGACAUGGCAUCGGUAUCUCCAGCGGUCAUGGAAUCGGUCUCAGCAGCGGGCACGGAUACGCUCUAAGCAGCGGACACGGAAUCUCGUAUGGACACGGACACAAGAAGUAGAUCAAUUAUACCAACCAAACCACCACACAAUACCUGCCCAAGAACCCCUCGAUAAAUACACAAAGGCUUUGACCAACGCUAAACAAAUUAAUACUUUAUUUAAUCGUUUUUUAGGGAAAAACAACAACAACAACAACGACGAACACCUUUUUUUCAUUUCCACGCGAUGAUUAAUGGUAAAUCUAUAUAAAAAGCAAAGACAAAAUCCCUCCCUGGCCAUAGUAUGUAAGAUUCUAUUGUAAAUUAAUUUUCAACAAAAAACAUCUAAGAUUUUAAAAUGUUACUUGUUCUUGUUUGAAAGCUUGUAAAGUUGAAAACAAACAUCCAAGUUUUGAAGUUCUGCUUCACGCCUAAAGUCCGAUAGCAUUAGAAUUGUUAUUGAUUUGAAAUUUAGGUUUUUUUUGUAAUUGUAACACGCCACCUUGGUUUUUGUAAUUUUUUUCGUUAAGUUUUUUUAAAUUUACCUUCAUUUUCUAAAAACAAAAUUGCACAGCAUAAUCCUAAAUUAAAUCAAACAAAAUAACCCACUGUGACACAUUUUCCGGUUCUCGGUCAAGUUUAGUGAUGAGCUAACGCAGAGCAUUUAUGGGCUUUGAGGACUGGAAUCUCAUUGUGAUAAUAUUAAUCAAUGCGGGAUGAUGUUGGAGAGAUUCACUAUAAAACAGUCUUUAAGGUCAUAGAUGUUGUUGAGCAUAAAUUAUAUCAAAGCAUCAGGAACUUGAUUGAGCUGCGCAGGAAAAAUGUUCGCAAAAAUUAAUUAACAUAAAUUAUUUUUUUUUAUAUAUACAAACAUUUAUAUAAUCGAUAUUUUAAUUUGGGGUUAUGCAGGACGAAAAUAGAAGGAUGGAAUACUAAAUUACUAUUUUAUACUCUCUGUCUUCGAUGAAGGUUUUUUUU